AUGACCAGUCUUAGUUCAGCCACUUACAACUCAAUUGAUUCCAAGCUCGAUCCAGCCUCAUCCAAACAAUCACCUCCGGCGUUGUUCUACCCGCUUGAUAUCAAUAAUUUGCAUUUACGCAAUAGAUUAGCCGUAUCGUCAAUGUGCAGCUAUGCCGCUGGACCAGGAAAUCAGAUUGCCAAUUUACAUUUGUCUCGGUACAAGUCGUUUUCUGCGCAACAUCCGGGAUUGAUUAUGAUUGAGGGUAUGUGUGUUGACCCAAAGGGGAAAUUGGAUGAUAAAGAAUUGGGCAUUUGGAAUGACAAGCAGGCAGAGAAAUUGAAAGAUGUUGUUGAUGAGAUUCACAAGGAUGGAUGUGUUUGUUGCGUGCAGUUGUCUCAUGGUGGAAGGAAAGCAAUUGGUGACGGUGGCGGCCUUAACGACAAUGGCAAUGCUUCUGUUGCUAUUAACGAUGUUGUUGAUGAUGGUGUUGAGAUUAUUGCUCCUUCGGCAAUUGCAUAUGACAACCGACUGAAGGUCCCCAAGGAAAUGAGUCUUGCAGAUAUAAAGCACGUUAUUGCGAGCUUUGCACAGGCUGCAAAACGAGCAGUCAAGAUUAGUGAAGUUGAUGCCGUUGAGAUUUCAUGCUGUAAUGGGAAUUUGCUACACCAGUUCAUGAGCAAGGCAACAAACUUGCGUCAGGAUGAAUAUGGAUGUCAAUCAGUUCAAACCAGGUGUAAGCUUUUAUUGGACAUCCUUGAUCAAGUUCGCCAUCAAAUCGGUGCGCAGACGCCCAUUUUUGUCAAGUUGUCAGCCUGCGAUAACUUGUUUAAAGAUGAAUCGCUUGAUGAUUUUUUGGCCAUUGCCGAUUUGAUUGUUGCCACUGGUCAAGUAUCUUUGAUUCAUGUGACUUCCGGCAAAAUCACUCCAAAUUCGAAGCCGCGUUAUGCUUUAAAUCUGGAUCCAAAUGUCCCAGGCCAUAUUCCAUUGGCAUCUGUUUUGAAAAAGCACAUUGAUGAUGAGUGUCUUGUUGGGUGUAGCGGUGCCUUGGAUAUGGAUGUGUUAAGGUUGAACAAGUAUGUUGAAGAUGGAUUGAUUGAUGUUGCAUUCAUUGGUCAAGGAUUUUUGGAAAUGCCGGAUCUUGUCAAUCAAUUUGCUGCUAAAUUGCACUACAAGCUUACAUAA